CGGGUUCAUUUGCCCGUUGCCAGUGCCAGUGCGGGUUGGAUCGAUUCCACGAAUGAUGACGCUGCGCCGGAAUCGCUUUGCUUAAACAUCCCAUCGACCACCACCACCAUACUAUCAUCUCUUCCCCAUCUUCCUUCUUCUUCCUCCCCGAUCCCCUUUUUGAAUUAAUUCCUCCACCUAUCAUUGAUUGUCCCGUGGACGCCUACCAUACAUCUUCCUCCUCCAUCCUCACAUCGAGGCCGUUGAGUAUUGCCUAGGAUCGAACCGCUGGUGAGAGGCCACCCGCAAUCAUCAUGGCUUCACGCCUCUCUGCCCUUCGUCGACCCGCGGUGGCCGCCGCGACCGUCGCCCUCGUCGGUGUCGGUGGCACGGCCAUUGCGUUGGGCACCUCGAAAAAACACACCAUCAGCAUGCCCAUUGCCGACAUCAAGCGUGACGCCAGCACCGGUCGCAUCAUCCCGCCCAAGUUCCCUGAUCUCAAGCCUCGCGAGCAGCAGCUCGCCGACCUACGCCGCAGCGGCGACGCAAACGAAGAGGAGUACGACCUGGUCAUCAUUGGCGGUGGUGCGACGGGCACAGGUAUCGCGGUCGAUGCCAUCACCCGAGGUCUCAAGGUUGCCUUGGUCGAGAGGGACGAUUUCUCCUCCGGCACCAGUUCCAAGAGCACAAAGCUCGUCCACGGUGGCGUGCGCUACCUCGAGAAGGCGGUCACCACGCUCGACUACCCCCAGCUUGAGCUCGUCAUCGAGGCGCUCCGCGAGCGCAGGACCUUUCUGAACAUUGCGCCCCAUCUGUCCAGCUCGCUCCCCAUCCUGCUGCCGCUCCAGAAGUACUGGCAGGUCCCGUACAUGUGGGCUGGUACCAAGACCUACGAUCUCCUGGCUGGCUCCCAGGGCCUUGAGAGCUCCUACUACGUGAGCAAGUCCAAGGCCCUGGAGCAGUUCCCUCUCCUCCGCAAGCAGAAUCUCAUCGGUGCCCUGGUAUACUACGAUGGUCAGCACAACGACUCGCGCAUGAACGUGUCGCUGGCCAUCACGGCUGCUCUCUACGGUGCCACGGUCCUCAACCACGUCGAAGUCACUGAUCUCGAGAAGGACGCCCAGGGCAAGAUCCGCGGCGUCAAGGUCAAGGAUGUCCUGGGAGCCCAGGACUCGCCCGCCUUCUCCGUCCGCGCCAAGGGCGUCAUCAACGCCACUGGUCCCUUUGCCGACGCCGUGGAGCAGAUGGACGACAAGAAGCGCAAGCCCAUUGUCGCCCCUGCCUCUGGUGCCCAUGUCAUGCUCCCUGGAAAACUGUGCCCCAACGGAAUGGGUCUUCUCGAUGCCGCCACUUCUGACGGACGCGUCGUCUUCGUCCUGCCCUGGCAGGGCAAGACGCUGGCUGGUACCACGGACAAUGCCUGCGAGGUUGAGCACGAGCCGGUCGCACUGCAAAAGGACGUUGACUUUAUCCUCAAGGAGGUCAACAAGCUCUUUGUGCCCGACGCGGCCCUCACCAACGACGAUGUCCUGGCUAGCUGGUCCGGCAUCCGCCCCCUGGUCAAGGAUCCCAACGCCAAGAACACCGAAUCUCUCGUCCGCUCGCAUCUCGUCACCGUCUCGCCCUCUGGUCUCCUGACCUGCGCUGGUGGAAAAUGGACCACGUACCGCCAAAUGGCUGAGGACGCCGUGGAUGAGGCCAUCAAGACCUUCAACCUGACCCCCAAGCCCGUCACGCUUCCCGACAUCUCGGGCGCCAUGCCCCCUCUCGAGACCACCGGCCAGUGCUGCACGCUCACGACCCCUCUGGUGGGCGCCCACGGUUUCUCGCCCGACCUCGCCUCGCAGAUUGCCGCGCACCACUCGAUCGAUCUCGACAUUGCCCAGCACCUCGCCUCCAACUACGGUGACCGCGCCUGGGCCGUCCUCUCCACGCAGGGCGCCACAUCCCGCCUCCUCCCCGCCUUCCCGUUUGUGGAGGCGGAGAUUCGCCACGGCGUCCACCACGAGUCGGCCUGCACAGCCGCCGACCUCAUCGCCCGCCGCACCCGUCUCGCCUUCCUCGACGUCGGGUCCGCCCUCAGUGUCCUGCCUCGCGUCAUUGACGUCAUGGGCGAGGAGCUCUCCUGGGACGAGAAGCGCAAGGAGCACGAGUGGAAGGCGACCGUGCUCUUCUUCCGCUCCAUGGGUCUCCCUGAGGACCAGCUCAAUGUGACCCGCAACGACGUCCUCAAGGGCAACGUGGCGCGCAAGAUUGAGCGCGGCGCUGAGAAGGCCGUGGCCACUGUGUCGGGCAGCAUCCCCAACUUUGACGGACAGACCCUGAGCGCCAAGACCAAGGCGUGAGCGAGCGAGCGAGCGAGCAGCGUGAUCUUGAUGUUCGCAUUCAACAGGACGAGAAAAGAUGACGAUGUACCACUUUUUUGUGAGAGAAGGUUUUCUCGAUUUGCAUAGGCUGGGAGUUGCAUUUGAUGAUGGAGAUUAUUAUAUUCCCCCUACCCCUACCCCGGCUCGGCGUUUGGAUGAUUGGUGAAAGAUGGGCGGUUCCUGUCCUGGGCUCUCUUUGUCAGAUUACAUACAUACAUUAUGGUAUCGGCAUGACGGCCGUUUCAUGAAAUACUAGGCUUUACUCAU